AUGGGCGUCCACGGUCUUUGGAACAUACUAAAUCCAGUACAAGAUCACAUUCCUCUUCGCAGUCUGGGUGGUCAAAAGUUAGCGAUCGAUCUCAGUGGAUGGGUUUGUGGUGAUAUCUGUGUUAAUCAACGGGUCCAAACAGGCUGCAGGCUUUAUCUUCGAAAUCUGGUGUUCCGCUUGAUCGCGCUCCUCCGUGAAGCCAUUCUUCCUAUUGCAGUCACCGAUGGAAUUGCUCCGGCCGUCAAAGCAGCCGCCUUAAAGGAACGUCGUCAAGUCUCAAGACUGGGCAAUCUGCCCGAUGGCAUCAGGCCAGCUUUGCUCAAGAGAUCACAAUUCUCGCGCAUAUCAUUCAAGUGCUCCCAGCUAUUGGAAGCCCUUGGUGUACCCUGUAUUGCAAGUCCUGGAGAGGCCGAAGCCAUGUGUGCUUUCCUCAACAUGGAGAAUCUAGUCGACGCGUGUGUGACAGAAGAUGGCGAUGCAUUCCUCUACGGCGCCACACUGGUCUACCGCCACUUCUCUCUCGACGCUCGAAAUGCCUCGGUGAAGGCGUACUGCUCGAAGCAGGUGGAGUCCCGACUGAGCCUGUGUCGAAGGUCGCUAGUUUUGUUGGGUCUGGUGUUGGGCUGCGACUACUGGCUCCCUGGAGUGCCUGGAGUGGGUCCCAUCUCCGCGUGCAAACUCCUCACCCAAGUGGAUGUUGGAGAGGCUUUGCGUCGGCUCACUGGAGCCGGAUUUGACACCACUGCAUCGUCUUCGGAGGCAGCAGUGGUUGCAGACAGCAGUGUGUGGCGCAGCCCUACAUGGAAAAAAAUCAUCCUCGGACUGGCUGGCUGCUCUGUGGCUGAGGUGGUGGAUGAAUUCCUCGUACCAUGGCAGGCGCGUGGCUGGGAGAUGCCCGCCGAGGCAAGCCUGGUCUGGUCACGUCCCAACGUCCGUCAAGCCGUUGAACUUUGUGUCGAUUUCCUCGGCUGGCAGCCUGCCUACGCCCUGGCCCAAUUCACCCCCCUUCUCGCCCUCUGGAUCACCCGGUCGACAUCAUCGUCACCAUUGUGUGCGGACAUCAUGCGGCCCCUCCGAAUAAUUCGGAGAAGGUCCGUGAACUAUCUUCCCUACCUUGAAGUAGAGUGGAGUCGCCUGAAAGAAGACAUUUGGUCCGAGUUGCUGGUAGCCUCGGAUGGUUCAAACGGUGACCUAACCACUUUCCUCAAACGUUUCUUCACCGCCGCCGGUUAUCGGUUCCCCGUCCCGGAGGCCGAAUUCCGCCUUGCAUUUCCUCACCUCGUCCUCGCCUUUGAGUCCCUCUCGCUCCGAGUCAUCACCUCCAAAAUGGACGCCCUCUCAGUGAACGGAAGGAGGGGGAGGAGCAAGCAGAAGAAGAAGAGCAAUGUCAAUGUCAUUGAAUCAACAAAAAGUGAUCCUCAGAAUCCUCUUGUACAACAGACUUCAGAAAAAAUCAUAGCCGCCCCGCUUGUUCUUCCUGCCUGGGACUCGUCUCCCGAGGGUUCUCCACUUCACUUAGUAAGGUAG